UCCAAAAGGCCCGUCAGUAUUUCCGUAUUGUAACAGUGCGAGCACAGCUUAAUAAAAAUAACAAAGUGAAAAAGAAAAAAAAAUCUGAAUGAGCCGCGACCCACAACCAGCUAACUAAUGCAACUCACCAUGUACACUGGGAAUUGUAGUUUUCCCUAUUGUGGCAAUGUAUCAAACAGCUUCGAAGACUGAACUUUCCCACAAUCACCAGCGCCGCGAGCUGACACGACCCUCUUGGGGGUGGUAGAUUAAAUGUGAAAGUAUUAAGUACUUCACCUUCAGAGUUCGGAGAUUUUGUAGAAAUCGGUAUAUGUGUUAACAAUCGGAGUGUGUAUCUGAGAUACGUUUAGUGUGAGUAAGUGAUUGUUUUCGGACUGUAGGCCACACUGGAAUCAGACAUGAACGGGAAUUUAAAGAAUACUAUGUCUCACAUAGAGAUCCAGUUAAGCAGGGGCCCUUCAGGGCUCGGUUUUAAUGUAGUUGGUGGCACUGAUCAACAAUAUAUUUCCAAUGACAGUGGAAUCUUUGUAACCAAAAUCAGAGAAGAUGGAGCAGCUGCUAUGGAUGGGAGACUAGAGGAGGGAGAUAAAAUCUUAUCAAUUAAUGGUAUUGAACUUAACAAUAUGACCCAUCAAGAAGCAGUUAAUUUGUUCAGGACAGCAGGUGAACAUGUUACCUUACAAGUUUUAAAGAGGGAGCAGAAUCAUAUGAAUGGGCCAUCUGGGUACAAAGGAAGUGGUGAUGGAAGUUCUUCCAAAACUUUUCUUUUUGUAGUAAUGGCAGCCGUGGCAGCAGUUGCAGUAUUAGGUUUCAUGAGAUAUCGACACCGAAUCUGAAGUCAUUUAUGUUAUAAUCAAGUAAUGAAACGUUGCAUCAGAAACUGAAAUCAGGGAAAAAGAGUCUUCCCCCACUAGACUGCUGCGUCAUUGUAGUGAAGUCUGCUGAAAUCAUGCAUGAUCCAUCACGGUUUGCAUUAUGGAGCUGUUGGACGAGCUUAUUCUUGUAGUUGCCUUACCGGUGUACUGGCAAGGUGCUUCUCACACACCUGUGUUUAAAUAGUCAGAUUUAUAAACUUUUCUUUUGGUACAUUUUGUGAGCCUACAGUGGCCCUGUGUAGUACACUUUGAAUUGUGAUGUUGACUUUUCCCAGAUGAGGUCAUAACAAGACUGAAAAGAUGGCUGGGGUGCUGAAUACUUUGAAGUGUAGUAUCAGAAAGAGGACGUUGAAGUCUAAUGGGUAGACAUGUACAUACAAAAAUGUGACUCAUCUGAGUGGCUGGCCAUGGACCUAAACAUUCAGAACAGGGAGAAAUCACCUUCCCUAAAAACAAAGAAUGUUGAAAUGAGUACAUUUUAUGUAGAAGUAGUGCACACAUUUGUUAUAAGCAAGAAUCUAGCCAGUAUAUUUUUUGAGGUCCAGUUUUAAUGUAAAUGUAGAUAGACUUGUUCCUUAGUUUUAAGAUUUCCCUCUUCCUGUGUCAUUUACAGCAGGAAAUUGUUGUUUCUAGGUUGCCAGAUUAAAGACGGUUCUAUUACA